AUGGCCAAGGAAGGGGCGAUUCAAGAGGCCAAGGCAGCUCUAGUGAUGCUGCUAAGUGAUGACUCGAUGGAAGACUUAUUUCGUGCCGCUGGGGGCUUGAAGAGUGAGCUUGACACUCUUGCGAAGCAGCUCAACACGGCUGAUCUCAUUUACAACACAAACCUGGAGCCAGUGGUGAGCUCAGUGGGGGUCCUCUUGAGUGCGUUGCCGUUGACAAAUGUGAUGGAAAAGCAGGGCAAGGAGGCGGGGCGGAAGGCGGUGCAGUCAACACUGGAGAAAGUCCGAAAAGCCACCAAAGGCGAGAUCAUGUCGCUGUUACCGAGUCUGCAGUCUCAGAUCUCCAUGCUGACAAACUUGGAGGGCAUGAGCGACAAAUUUCAAGCUGAACUUGGUGACAUAUCAGUCCAGUUGGACACAAUUCUCCGCGAGAAUGGCUCCUGUCCCCAAUGCAGUGGUAACGCUGUUGAUCUCCAGGCUAUUCGGAAGAUGCAACGCCGCCUUGGUAUGCUUUUGUACGCGUCCGAACUAGACGUACCUUGGCAGGAGCAUCUUCAUUUCAUCGCAGAGCAACUCGAGUUGCAGACAAAUGCUAAUCGUAUCGUGGAUGAAAUCAUCUCGAGGGAAUGUGAUCCUCAAAUUGACACGCGACAACAAAAGGGUCGAAUACUAGUGGAUGAAAUGGGGAAGCGAAUGGAGCAGCAGAGCGCACAGCUGUAUGAUCAUGUUGAGAAGCUGGCGAAGUUCUUCCUCCGAGUGGUCCGUUGCCUCGAGGAAAGCGUCGACAAGGUUCAGUACGUCAACUUGAGUGUGAUGGAUCUCCUUGAUACGCUCAAGGAAGACGAUGAAGACACUCUGGCCGAUCUCGAGACCAAGUUCACGCAGAGCUGCACACGUCUCCGACACUUGCCGACUACCAAUGUUUUACGUGAGGAAUUCCAGCGCUCAUCGGAUCUCUUGCUGCUCAUUGAAGGUGAGUACCGGACGUAUGACAAACGAGUGUCUCUUGCUGCAGGUAACAAUGUCGCAGCAAUCGCUACACAGCGUCUGCUGUAUCUGGAGCGUCUCUGCGACUUGUUUGGGCUAAAGCAGCUGCAUCAGACCAAGAGUGAUGAGGUGCUUAACGUAGACCACUUCCUCAGUGCGCAGCAUAUUGAGGAGAUGCUUAAGCCAAUUUCUCAAGAGAAGGGCAAGCGUAUUGUCGAGGCAUGGACAGGAGAGGCCGCCCACCCAGUGUCGAAUGGUGACUCUGGUGAGCUUGCAGAAGAGGAAACUUUUCGAACAGCAUCGGGCUUGGAGUUGGUUGUAGAUCUCUCUCUUGCUAAUCUAGCUCACAAUAUAUUGAUGACAAGACGGAAGUCGAGGCUCAACCUUUGGAGCCAAGCGUACUGGAGAAAGUUCAAGCGGAGUUUUUGGUCCUAA